AUGGGGUGUUUUGGCAAGCGUCACCGUAAAAAGAAAGAAAACAAAUAUAAAAAACGACCAGCUCCUACCAAUGGAGGUACCUAUUCUACCAAUAAAGCUAAUCGCGGUGGAGCUAGCAAAAACAAUUACAGCGGCAACAGAGAUGGUGGGAUGGUCAUUAUGACUAGAAUGGCUGCUACUGCUGCUAAAGUCACUGUUUCCAGUCGCAGCAAAGCUUGUGGCAGAGGGGGUGGAGGUUGUGGCGGCGGCGGCUGCGGCGGAGGGGGUGGAGGUUGUGGCGGCGGCGGCGGCUGCGGCGGAGACAUGCAACAGGAACACAUGGGGGUGGGACAUGACAUCGAAGGUGGCAAUUUUGAGGAUGGAGGCGCAGGAGAUUUCAAUGGUGGGGGAGGGGAUACUUUUGCUGAUGUAGGAGGAUCAGAUUUUGGCGGUGGUGGAGCUGGGUCUGAUUUUGGUGGUGGAGGUGGUGGCUGUGAUUCUGGUGGUGGUGGAGCUGGAGGUGGAGGAGGGGGUGGCGGCGCUGGCGGCUGUUGA